GUGUUAUAUCCUAUACCGGCUUUGAUGAUGUUUCAACGAGCUUAAUCGGUUGCAGUUUCAUUUUGUCACCCACGUGAUCCGUUCUAUACGUUAAUGUUUGCAAUUCUAUAAUAUCGUUGAAAAUUUAAUUUAUAUAGUUAAGUUAUUUUUAAUAUAUUUAUUAAUUAAAAUAAAUCAUAGUGGUACAACAGUAACAAAUUAAAUUCAUAAGAACCUCGAUCGAUUUUAAUAUCAAGAUUCAAAAAUAAAACUCCACUCUUGUUAUAUUUAACAAAAUUUGAAAUGUGUUAAAUCAAGGUCAUUCCAAGUAAACCUUUGCGCCACUAUGAGGCGAUCAAGCUACAAAAUAAUCUUGAUGACCUCAUUAUUCACAUUAACAAAUACUGCUCAUAUGUACACGCAUAACUGUGGGAAAGAUGAGUAUAAUCGAUGUAUCACUUUAGCAGAUCCAUUAAUUAAAGAUCCACAUUUUAUUUAUCCUGGAAAUUUAAAAGAUAUUGAUAACAUAUGCAGGACAUGGACGUUAUUCGUUGAUUGUACGAAAAAAUACACCGAACAUUGUUUUGAAGAGAGUAAAAGAAAAGCAUUUAAUAAAGCUGUUGAAAAUUCAAUAGAAUUAGUUCAUCAAAUGUGUACUUCUCCACAGUAUCAAACAGAAUAUUUGAAGCAUGCUACAUGUUUAAGAGCAACUCUUUUUGAAGAUUCUCGAUGUGGUAAACAUUAUAGAUCUUUAGCAAGUUAUGUGUCUAACGAUACAAAUGAACCAGGAAUUUGUUGCACUCACCAUAGAUUCAGAGAAUGUGUUCUUGAUCAAACGCGAAGAACGUGCAAUCAAGACGAUGAUUCAUUUACACAACAGUUACUGGACAAAGCUUUUGGAUUUUUCCGAAAUCAAUGUAUUGACUUUGCGCCUACCCAAGAAGAAUGUCCGGGCUAUGAAUAUUAUAGUACAAUGGCCACAAAUAAAUGGCAACAAGAAAAAGGGAAAGUACCUCCAAGUUCUAGUUCUUGGCCCUCAACUAAAAGACAGGAUGAUGUAGCUUGGUCGACAUCGAUGGUAAGCGAAAGAACUAGUCGAGUUUAUACAGAAAGAACCCAAAGUAGUGGAUCCUUUAGUACACCAACUUGGAAGGUACCAGAAUCCACGAAAAAAACUGACACCAGUUACAUGACAAAUGUUAUUGAUGAACCAAACCAACAAGGUCUUGGUUCAGAAAAUGCUGGACUCCGUCUUACAGCACCAAAACUGGGGCUUUUAUUUAUAUGCUUUUUAAUGAUACUACUAUUUAAUAGGAAAUAAUAUACUGCCUAUAAUAUUUAAUUAUGUUACCUAAGCCAGUAUUUCUAUCAUAUAAUUAUGGUUUUUAUAUUGUAUGCUAAAAUACUAAUUCAAUAACUUUUAUAAUUUUAACAGAAAAAAAAUUUGUUUCAUGAAACAGUUAUAUAUGUAUAAUAACAUUAUUUUUUAUGAUACUUAAUUUUUUGUUAUCUUUAUGGUAAGAUAGUAAAUUUCACUGUCAUAAUAAAAUUUAAUUUUAUUUGAUGUUAAAUAUUUAAAAAUUAUAUGUUUGCGU